CCUUCGCCUCAACUUUGCGUUCAAGUCGUGCUCUGAGGUUUGGGUGAUUUGCUGGGCCCCCAGCUUGCCUCUCUCCUCGACGGUGUGAGGAGUUCAGAGGCUGGGUGGAGAAUGGGCUUGGCCGGAACUGAGUCGGUGGAGGUAAAAGGGGAACGGAGUAGCUUCAAUGCCUGCCAUAUCGCCCCAGAGAAGCCACUGCAUUUUUAGCCAAGGAAAAGGCUGCAGUGGGAGGAUUCAUUUUAGGACUUCUGCUCAGCUGGCCCGGAUUCGGGGCUUGGAUGCUGGAAAGCUUUGUUUCCCUUGUUUUGAGGGUAGCCCAGCUGGGUUUGAAUCGACUCCCUACCUUUACUUCUUCCCCCUCAUUUUCCAUCCAGGAGGAAACUGGGAGGUGGGGGACCGAGAAAGAGAAGGCGAAAGCGCUUUGCUGGGCGCGCUGUCAGACAUGGGCGGGUGUGAGGGGAACAGCUGUCUUAAGAUCAGCUCUGGAGUAUGAGCCUCCGAAAGGACUGCGUGAGCUCCGGACACUUGAGGAGUCCUCAACUAGAGACAUGGGUGAUAUGGAUCAACUCAUAAACAACUUGGAUAUUCAAUUUAAUUCAGAAGGCAGCUCAAUACAGAUAUUCAAACAGGUCACUGGUCCUGUUCAGAUCAGAGAUUCCCCUGUGACAGCUGACAGAAAUAAUAUGACAUCUCCACCACUCCUGGAUUCCAACUCAAUGGAGAACCCGGCCUUGUUUAAUGACAUCAAGAUUGAACCACCAGAAGAACUCCUGGCUAGUGAUUUCAAUCUGCCGCAGGUGGAACCAGUUGAUCUCUCCUUUCACAAACCUAAGGCUCCUCUACAGCCUGCUAGCAUGCUGCAAGCUCCAAUAUGUCCUCCCAAGCCACAGUCUGCAAACCAAGCCAUUAUGGUAUCUACUUCAACAUCUGACACAAGUACUUCAGCAAACAUCCCUACUGUUCUGACUCCAGGCUCUAUCCUGGCCUCAUCUCAGGGGACUGGUGGCCAGCCAAUUUUACAUGUGAUUCACACCAUCCCAUCAGUCAGUUUGCCAAAUAAGAUGGGUGGGCUAAAGACCAUCCCUUUGGUGGUUCAGUCUUUGCCCAUGGUCUAUACCAGUUUGCCUGCAGAUGGGAGCCCUGCAGCCAUUACAGUCCCACUAAUUGGAGGGGAUGGCAAAAAUGCUGGAUCAGUAAAAGUUGACCCCACCUCCAUGUCUCCACUGGAGAUACCAAGUGAUAGUGAGGAAAGUGCAAUUGAGAGUGGAUCUUCAGCCUUACAGAGUCUUCAGGGAUUGCAACAAGAACCAGCAACAGUGGCCCAAAUGCAGGGGGAAGAGUCACUUGACUUAAAGAGAAGACGGAUUCACCAGUGUGACUUUGCAGGAUGCAGCAAAGUGUACACCAAAAGCUCUCACCUGAAAGCUCACCGCAGAAUCCAUACAGGAGAGAAGCCUUAUAAAUGCACUUGGGAUGGCUGCUCCUGGAAAUUUGCUCGCUCAGAUGAGCUCACUCGCCAUUUCCGAAAGCACACAGGCAUCAAGCCCUUCCGGUGCACAGACUGCAACCGCAGUUUUUCUCGAUCUGACCACUUGUCCCUGCACCGCCGGCGCCAUGACACCAUGUGAAUAUCACAAGUCACAGCAGAGGAGCUGCACUGGUCUCUUGUGUGUACACUGAGGUCAAGACCAUUUUUUCCUCUUUGACUACAUCUUGCCCCUGUGAUUGGGGUUUGAACAGCCUACUGAGCCAGGUUAAUGAGACUGGAGAAAAAGUUAGCUGGUCUCCCAGGGGGUUCUUCAUAUUCUACUUUCACCUUUCCACUGUCCAGACUUCAGUUUUUUCAACCUCUCCGUAGGUUGAAUUCCAGUGUGGCACCCAUGGCUGCCCUCCCCCAUGCUGUGUAAUAGACCUUUUUCCUAAAAUAACAAAACAGAAAUCAAACUUAAGGCUGUGAACAAACAUACGCUGCUUUUUCCCACCCCCAUUUUUCUCAUUUUCUAGAACUUUUAUCCAUAUAUAUGUAUAUAUGUAUGUACUUAUAUACAUAUAUAUAUAUAUACAUAGGGAGAGAGAAAGAGAGAGAGAGAAAGAGAGAGAGAGACAGAGAGAGAGAGAGAAAUCAGUACUUAAAGGCAUUUAGGGAUAUCCUAAAAUGAGAUUUUUUUCAAAUUCAUAGAUACAAGGGGCAAAACAGUAUAGUUGAUUAGUAAGAUUUACAGAGAAUUGAGUCUGAAAUAUAGUCUCAGACCAAACCUAAAGAUUUUACAGGUCCAGUUUUACUUGUUCUUACAGUUUAAGUUUUGGACAGGAGGGUUGGUCAUUUUUAUGAAGUUCAUCAAAAGAAGAGAUUUUUUUUCUUGUCCUUAUGCUUCUUUAUGAUUAAAGAUUUUGUAGCACAAUUGCAUUAUUUUUAGGUUAAAUUUGGACAAAUAUUCAAAGCACAAAAAGACAGAUCAGUCGGGAGAAGUAUUCUUGAAAAAAACAUUGAGUAGUGACAGGAAAAAGCAAACCUGGGAUGACCCUGUGAGCAAAUACAGGACAAUUAUUAUUAUUUGAAUAAGAUAUUAGAACUACUGCUAAUCCCAAACCUCAUUCAAAUGGAAGCCUGUUGAGACAGUGUUUUGAUGGGCCACACUGUACUGUUUUGUUUGUUUGUUUGCUUGUUUGUUUACAUAAUGCAACUAUUCAGCGAAUCACCUGAUGAGAAAUUGCACACUGAGGUCAUGUUAUGCAGAGGUGAAGGUUGGGACUAAAAGAAUUUUGUUUACUUCAUGGAAUUAUGGCACUCAUUCUUCUGUUUUGAAUGGAAUAUAAAAUUUUUUGUGGCAAUUGACAUACAAAAAGUAAUUUAAUGUUUUACAAGUACUAUGAACACCUAAGCCAUUUCUUUUAGCCAUAACAGCAGGUUGCAUAAUAUAUAUUUGGUUGCCCAAUCAGACUGUUCAUAAUAUUCUCUGGGACAUAAAACCCUCUGUUCCCACCCCCGGACCUCAGAUCUACCUCUACAUGACUUAUUUCCUCUCCUGGGGAAAGAAGAGAGGGGCUUCGUAUCAAUUGGAUUGGACAGCCUCUGUCUUAAAAGUUCUUUUCGUACUAAACCUUAUUUUUUUCUUGUCAGAUAUUCAAAAAGUUCCUUCUUGAAUAAUUUAGGUUACUACCUCCUGUAGCGGUCCUUACUGAGUAAAUCAUAGAAUUCUACCAUCAAAAAGGGAUCCUGUUAGCUGUCUAGUUCUACUCAUGCCUCAUAUUUUACAGAUGAGACAAAUACGGGUCAGAUUCUUUCUCCAGAUAGUUCCUUGCGGCCUUAUAGACCUGUAUAGUCCUUCUCCCAGGGAUCACAUUAUUAAACCAAAUUAAAGAAAAAGAAAAUGUGAUUGGUUGCAAUAUUUGUCCAAUUUUAUAUGUUAUACUUAAGAAAACUUUAGAUCCGUCAAAAUUAAUGUGUAGUUGAUGACGAAGUAAGUAAAACAGUCUUAUGGUCAUUGACAUUUAACAUUAGGUACACAGUCUUUCUAUUUUCACAUUUUGAUAAUAUCUAGAUUUUUAUUUAUCUUGUUUGAAGUUGCUAUAUCUUUCUAGGCCAUAAACUCGAUAAAUUAAGGACUUCUUGUACUUUUCAAGAUGACAUAUAGGUUUUUACUAUUAACACUGUCUUGAUAUGGGAUUUUUCUUGAUUUGGGGCAUAUAAAUUCCCAGCUAUACACUAAUUAUUAAAGCACUAAUAAGUAUCUAGGGCCAAUCUAUUAAUGGGAAUCACUAUGUAAGUGUUAAGACAGAUUGGUAAAUGUGAAUUACCAUCAUGUGUGGAUUUAAGCUUAUAAUUGAGUACUUGGUACAAUAUUUUAUAGUCCAAAGGCUUACCCAUUUUUUUUUCCAUUUUGGAUCCUAAAAUUAGUUUUCCAGAGUUCAAAAUUGGUAUGUGCCCCUUAGACCUCAGACUCUUUUGCAUUUAGACACAUAGUCUAUGCAUAUCUGAACACUAUCGUUAUUAUACUCAUUAAAAUGAUCAAAUUAUGAUCCCAAAUAUCAACAUUCCUAGCAUCUCUGAGCCUUUACUCGAAUAUUCUGCAAAGUAGUGACUUUGCGAAUGCUUUCUCUUUAGUCAAAAAGCAAUUCUAACACUAUUUUCAUUGACCUUUUUCAACAAACGGUAAAUCUUUCAAUUACAAAUAUAUGCUUUAAAAAUGUGUCAGGAAUCAUUAAGACGAUUUCACAGAAUAAACAGAUCCAAAUAGAAUACAGUGCAGAAUUGCUGCACCAAAAGCACAUAAAACUUUGCUACAAAGAUAGUCAAGUAGAAAGGAAAUGAAAUGCAUUUCUCUUGGUUAACAGUCAAGGUUUAAUUGAGUUUGAUGUGCUUACACUGGUAAAGCACUGUUCAUAUGAUAUUUGCCUAGGAUAUGGAAAUUUCAUAGGGAUGGAUAAUAUUCAGAAAUUUGUCACAAUGGAAUUCCUCCUGUAGAUGAUUGGCAGUUGAACUAAUUGAUAAUUGAACUAUUAAUAAUUAUAAUUUUUUUGUCUUUUUGAGGCAGGUUCUCCCCAUAGCCCCAGCUGGCCUGGAACUCACUAUGUAGACCAGGCUGGCCUCAAACUCACAGAGAUCCGCCUGCCUCUG